AUGACUUUUAAUCCAAAAACAACUACCACUCCAGCAAAAACAAUCUACACUUCAGGCCCUUUCUAUCCAUUUGGGGAUGGAGAUAUAGUGAAUGAACGGAUGGAUGAUGGCAGUUCACCGCCCAUCUCUCUUGUGCAGCCAUUUAUAUAUUUUGGAAAAAAGUUCAACCAAAUAUAUGUCAACAACAAUGGGUACUUAACCUUUGACCAGGCAUGGAACAGCUACACUCCUUACCAGUUCUCUGCUAAUGCAGGGAAGAACAUCAUCGCUCCUUUCUGGACAGAUAUUAAUAAUCAAAUAAAUGGUGUCAUCUCGUAUCGGCAAUAUACUAGUGGCAGUGUUCUUAUUCAAGCUACCCAAGACAUCAACCAGUACUUCCCUCAGCUGAAAUUCAGAUCAACUUGGGUUUUUGUUGCAACAUGGGAUAGAGUGGCUUACUUUGCCACCACAGGCGGGGAACCAUCUUUCCAAGUAGUUUUGAUUUCAGAUGGCCAUCUCUCCUUUAUACUGAUGAACUAUGGUCAGAUUGCUCCAACAAGUAUGUUGGUACAGGCUGGUUAUGGUACCGAUGACGGGAGUUACAAUUUCUCUAUCCCUGGGUCAUUUCAAUACAACUACACAAGCUUCACAAACAGCAGCAACGUGAACGUGACAGGCAGAUGGGCCUUCCGUGUAGACCAGGGAUCACAAACAUGUCUGUUUAAUGGUGGUACUGUGCCACAGAGAAGCUCUUUUUGGACAGAUGCCUCUUGCCAGCAGAGAUGCACCUGUAGCAGCAGGGGUCUCCAGUGCAGUUCACAGCCCUGCACCUUCUCUCAAGCCUGCCGUCCUGCUGCUUUCCAGUACAGCUGCCAAAACAUUCAGCGCCAGACCUGUACCAUCUCUGGGGACCCCCACUACUACACCUUUGACAAUCAAAUCUUUCAUUUUCAAGGGACCUGCACCUACGUCCUGUCUGAGGUUUGUGGCAGGGGAUUACCAUAUUAUCGCAUUGAAGGCAAGAAUGAGAAUCGUGGUAGUACAAGUGUGGCAUGGACACGCCUGGUCAGAGUAUUUGUCUAUAACGAAGAACUGGAACUAGUGAAAGAUCAUCAAUAUCAGGCCAAGGUAAAUGGAAGCUUUGCAGCAGCACCUUUCAGCCUCCACAAUGGCUCCAUUCAAGUUUAUCAGUCUGGUUUCUCUGUGGCCAUCAGUACUGAUUUUGGAUUGGUUGUUACAUAUGAUUCAAAUCACUAUGUGACCAUCAGUGUACCUUACGACUACCAGAAUGCCACUUGUGGCCUGUGUGGCAACUUCAAUCACCAUCCAGAAGAUGACUUCCGCACACCAUCUGGACAGAUCUUGAGUUCAGAUCUGGACUUUGCAAACUCCUGGAAAGUACCAGGAGACAUAUAUCCUGUCUGUCAGAACACUCGGUGUUCAGGUUUGGCUUGUUCAUCUUGUACCACAGCUCAGACCAGUCUUUACAGGAGUGGAGCCUUCUGUGGAAUCCUAGCAAAUUCCAGUGGCCCUUUUUCCACUUGCCAAUCAAGGCUGGCACCCCAGAUAUUUACAGAGAACUGUGUUUAUGAUCUUUGUGUGGGAGGAGGAUACCAGCCAAUCCUGUGCCAGGCACUCAACGUGUAUGCUGCUCAGUGCCAGCAGCAGGGCAUUCAGCUGGGCCAGUGGAGGAGACCAGGAUUCUGUGAAAUCCCAUGUCCUGCCCACAGUCACUUUGAAACCCAGGGAACAAGCUGCCCUGCGACCUGCAGUAACCCUUCUGCACCUUCAAGCUGCCCCUUGCCAAACCAGGAGAGCUGUAUCUGUGAUGCAGGGUAUGUCCUGAGUGCUGGAGAAUGUGUUCCUGAAGCUAACUGUGGCUGCACUUUUGAAGGACUCUACUAUGCUGAAGGCCAGUCUGUGGUACUGGGUGCAGAUUGUGGAAGACAGUGCGUUUGCAGCAAUAGAGCAAUGAGCUGCCAGAAUCACCAGUGUGGUCGACAGGAGACGUGCGGAUUGUAUAACGGAGUAAGAGGUUGCAGACCCACCAGUUAUUCCACCUGCUUGGUGGAAGGACUAGGCACAUAUCACACCUUUGAUGGAGUGAUGUUCAGUUAUCCAGGAGCUUGUGGACUCACCCUGACUAGGGUAAUGGGGCCAUCCCAGCUACCAAACUUUGAAGUGACAGUGCAGAAAGUGCCCAGAGGUCCACAGGACUUUAUUAGGGUGCUGAGGUUUGACGCAGAGGGAACUCAGGUCUCUAUUGAGAUGGCAGAUGGAGGAAAAGCACAGGUGAGUGGACAAGUGGUUUCUCUUCCCUUCGCACUUGCCAGUGGUCGAAUCCUUAUCUACCACAGCAGUGUGAAAGGUAUCAUUAUGGAGACAACCUUUGGUGUAAUUGUGCGAGCAGACUGGCCACACCUAAUCAGAAUCACUGCACCCAGCACUUACAAUGGCUCACUUGGUGGUCUGUGUGGGAAUUUGAAUGGCAACCAGGCAGACGAGUUUUACAGCCCAGUCGGAGUCUUGCUUAAUGACUCACGGGUGUUUGGGGAUAGCUGGCGAGAUGGGUCCCUCUCAGCCUACUGCGUGGAGUCCGCAGGCAUCUGGCAAACGGGAUAUUAUCAGAAUACCAGCCAAUUCACACAGAACUGCAGCAUCAUGGCCUCAGCACGUGGACCAUUUGCUCAGUGUCACAGCAGCCUGGACCCUAGGCAAUGGGUAGCAGAUUGCACCCAUUCACUGGAACAGACCGGGGGAGCCAGAGAGUCCUUGUGCGAAGUGCUGAGAGGCUACUCUGUACUCUGCCAGCAAAAUGGUAUUAGAGUGGGAGAAUGGAGAAAUAUCACAAAGUGUGAGUUCCCCUGCCCAGUCAACAGCCACUAUGAGUUGUGUGGCACUUCCUGCCCUGCUGCGUGCCCUAGUCUAUCAUUCCCCUUCCUGUGUACCCAGCACUGCCAGGAAGGAUGUCAGUGUAACGAUGGGUUCUUGCUAAGUGGAGAACGCUGUGUGCCCCCCACGGGCUGUGGCUGUCUCCAUGAAGGGCGCUACAGGCAGGGUGGAGAGCGUUUCUGGUAUGGCGAGCAGUGCCAGUCUUUGUGUGACUGUGACGGGACCACAGGUUUAGUUCACUGUGUCCCAUCAUCUUGCAGCGGUCAGGAAACCUGCAGUAUUGUUGGGGGAGAAUUCGGCUGCCAUCCUCAACCCCGUGCCACGUGCUCUGCUUCAGGGGACCCCCACUACAUCUCUUUCGAUGGCCGCACAUUUGACUUCCAGGGCACAUGCCAAUACAUACUGGCAACUGUAUGCAAUAAUACUCGACGACUACCGUACUUCCAGGUUUCAGCAAGGAAUGAAGCAUGGAAUGGACUCCCAGUUUCAAUCACUGCUGAAGUUUACGUCAAUGUCUCAGGACAUCUGUUGCACAUCUCACGCGACAUGCAUGGCACUAUUGAGAUUGAUAACGAGACCAGGCACCUUCCUGUCCUGCUUGAUUCUGGCCGAGUGUCCAUUUACUCCAGUGAACAGAACACUUUCAUUUCAACUGACUUUGGCCUUAGUGUGAGUUAUGAUGGCUCAUGGGUGGUGCGCAUCACUGUGCCAGCAAAUUACAGUGGAGUCACAUGUGGUCUUUGCGGUAACUACAAUGGCCAGACACGUGACGAUUUCCUCACGCGUUCAGGUGCACUGGGCACUUCAGCUUCCCAGUUUGGAGCCAGCUGGAAAGUGCAGAAUGACACACUGUGCAGUGAUGGGUGUGGAGACUCCUGUCCAUCAUGUCCAGACCAAACUAGGGCACGGACUCAAUGUGAGAUCCUCAGAGACAGGCAGGGUCCCUUCGGCUUCUGCCAUGCCUAUGUGGGUCCUGAGGCCUACUUCAACAACUGUGCAUUUGAUGUUUGCCUCUCUGGGUACAGUAACGAUGUUCUGUGCCGUUCCAUCCAAACCUAUGUCAGUGCCUGCCAGUCUGCCAAAGCAACUAUCUACCCCUGGAGACAGAACACGACCUGCCGCGUGGAGUGUCCCGUGAACAGCCACUACGAGCUGUGUGGUACAGACUGUGGGCACACCUGUGCCAGCAGCGUUGAUGCUGUAUGUGAGAGGACAUGUUCAGAGGGCUGUUUCUGUAAUGAAGGCUUCGUGAGGAGUGGAGGUCUCUGUGUACCAGUGGAACAGUGUGGCUGCUUGUACAAUGGACUCUACUUUCAUAUUGGCAAUCAGUUCUGGACUCCAGGAUGUUUUCAACAUUGUGAGUGCUUUGCUCCUAAUGACCUGCGCUGCCUCUCCACCUCCUGCUCUCCCACUGAGGAGUGUGCAGUCAGGAAUGGCCAGCGUGGCUGCUACAGCCAAAUGUCCUCCUGCAUGGUGUGGGGGGACCCCCAUUACCUCACCUUUGAUGGAGCUCUGGCCACCUUUCAGGGUACUUGUUCAUAUGAGAUUUCUCAGACCUGUGGGUAUGUGGAUAAUAAUGAGCUGGGAUUCCGUGUGGUGGCCACCAACAUACACCGUGGGAACAUGGCCGUGUCCUUUGUGUCUGCAGUGGAUGUGUGGCUAAGUCAAGGAGCUCAGCACACACAGAUUUCCAUUGGACAAAAUGGGAGAGUGAAGGUUGAUGGGAAUAUUGUGAAUUCAUCUGCUUUUCAAAUCAGUUAUCUGGCAGAAGUUCAUCAGGAGCUAAAUUUUGUGGUUGUGAAUGCAUCAAGUAAGCUCCUGGUGUACUUUGAUGGUCGUUCUACACUUUCAGUGAGACUGGGCCCAAGAUUCCGUGGAUCUGUUUGUGGAGUGUGUGGAAACAAUAAUGGAGACCCAACAGAUGACAAGACUUUGCCCAGCGGAGCUCUGGCACCCAAUGACACUGCUUUCGGAAACAGCUGGAAAUCAAACACCAGCAGCCCAGGGUGUGGUGCUACUGACCAGACAGCAGAUCCUAAUACUUGUCCCUUUAGACUGAGGUACUCUGACCUCUGCAGCAUCAUCACUAACACCAGUGGACCCUUCCACCUCUGCCAUGGCCAUGUCAACCCUGCCCCUUACUUCACUUCCUGUGUGUAUGACCUUUGUGCCUACCCAUCAACCAGUGACAUGCUGUGUUCAGCUGUGGAGGCCUAUCAGGCUGCUUGUGUCAUGAUGCAGCUCCAGAUCUCAGACUGGCGUGCUGACCUGUCUUGCCGGCCUUUCUAUCCAUUUGGAGUUGGAGACAUAAUGAGUGAUGGACGCUCACCGGCUGUCUCUUUGGUGCAGCCGUUUUUAUUCUUUGGAAAAACAUACAGCCAAACAUAUAUCAAUGAGAACGGAUACUUAACCUUUGAUAAUGUGUGGGACAGCUGUGUUUCUUACCCUUUCCCUCGUCAUGGGGUGCCUGACAUCAUUGCUCCAUUCUGGACAUGCAUUUUUCGAGGAAGAGGAGUCAUCUCAUAUCGGCAGUACACUUCUGGCAGUGUUCUUACUCAAGCUACCCAAGAUAUUUACCAAUACUUUGCUCAGCUGAGAUUCAGAGCAACGUGGGUUUUUGUUACAACGUGGGCCAGAGUAGCUUACUAUCCCAACUCAGGAACAGAACCAUCUUUCCAAGUAGUUUUGAUUUCAGAUGGCCAUCUCUCCUUUAUACUGAUGAACUAUGGUCAGAUUGCUCCAACAAGUAUGUUGGUACAGGCUGGUUAUGGUACCGAUGACGGGAGUUACAAUUUCUCUAUUCCUGGGUCAUUUCAAUACAACUACACAAGCUUCACAAACAGCAGCAACGUGAACGUGACAGGCAGAUGGGCCUUCCGUGUAGACCAGGGAUCACAAACAUGUCUGUUUAAUGGUGGUACUGUGCCACAGAGAAGCUCUUUUUGGACAGAUGCCUCUUGCCAGCAGAGAUGCACCUGUAGCAGCAGGGGUCUCCAGUGCAGUUCACAGCCCUGCACCUUCUCUCAAGCCUGCCGUCCUGCUGCUUUCCAGUACAGCUGCCAAAACAUUCAGCGCCAGACCUGUACCAUCUCUGGGGACCCCCACUACUACACCUUUGACAAUCAAAUCUUUCAUUUUCAAGGGACCUGCACCUACGUCCUGUCUGAGGUUUGUGGCAGGGGAUUACCAUAUUAUCGCAUUGAAGGCAAGAAUGAGAAUCGUGGUAGUACAAGUGUGGCAUGGACACGCCUGGUCAGAGUAUUUGUCUAUAACGAAGAACUGGAACUAGUGAAAGAUCAUCAAUAUCAGGCCAAGGUAAAUGGAAGCUUUGCAGCAGCACCUUUCAGCCUCCACAAUGGCUCCAUUCAAGUUUAUCAGUCUGGUUUCUCUGUGGCCAUCAGUACUGAUUUUGGAUUGGUUGUUACAUAUGAUUCAAAUCACUAUGUGACCAUCAGUGUACCUUACGACUACCAGAAUGCCACUUGUGGCCUGUGUGGCAACUUCAAUCACCAUCCAGAAGAUGACUUCCGCACACCAUCUGGACAGAUCUUGAGUUCAGAUCUGGACUUUGCAAACUCCUGGAAAGUACCAGGAGACAUAUAUCCUGUCUGUCAGAACACUCGGUGUUCAGGUUUGGCUUGUUCAUCUUGUACCACAGCUCAGACCAGUCUUUACAGGAGUGGAGCCUUCUGUGGAAUCCUAGCAAAUUCCAGUGGCCCUUUUUCCACUUGCCAAUCAAGGCUGGCACCCCAGAUAUUUACAGAGAACUGUGUUUAUGAUCUUUGUGUGGGAGGAGGAUACCAGCCAAUCCUGUGCCAGGCACUCAACGUGUAUGCUGCUCAGUGCCAGCAGCAGGGCAUUCAGCUGGGCCAGUGGAGGAGACCAGGAUUCUGUGAAAUCCCAUGUCCUGCCCACAGUCACUUUGAAACCCAGGGAACAAGCUGCCCUGCGACCUGCAGUAACCCUUCUGCACCUUCAAGCUGCCCCUUGCCAAACCAGGAGAGCUGUAUCUGUGAUGCAGGGUAUGUCCUGAGUGCUGGAGAAUGUGUUCCUGAAGCUAACUGUGGCUGCACUUUUGAAGGACUCUACUAUGCUGAAGGCCAGUCUGUGGUACUGGGUGCAGAUUGUGGAAGACAGUGCGUUUGCAGCAAUAGAGCAAUGAGCUGCCAGAAUCACCAGUGUGGUCGACAGGAGACGUGCGGAUUGUAUAAUGGAGUAAGAGGUUGCAGACCCACCAGUUAUUCCACCUGCUUGGUGGAAGGACUAGGCACAUAUCACACCUUUGAUGGAGUGAUGUUCAGUUAUCCAGGAGCUUGUGGACUCACCCUGACUAGGGUAAUGGGGCCAUCCCAGCUACCAAACUUUGAAGUGACAGUGCAGAAAGUGCCCAGAGGUCCACAGGACUUUAUUAGGGUGCUGAGGUUUGACGCAGAGGGAACUCAGGUCUCUAUUGAGAUGGCAGAUGGAGGAAAAGCACAGGUGAGUGGACAAGUGGUUUCUCUUCCCUUCGCACUUGCCAGUGGUCGAAUCCUUAUCUACCACAGCAGUGUGAAAGGUAUCAUUAUGGAGACAACCUUUGGUGUAAUUGUGCGAGCAGACUGGCCACACCUAAUCAGAAUCACUGCACCCAGCACUUACAAUGGCUCACUUGGUGGUCUGUGUGGGAAUUUGAAUGGCAACCAGGCAGACGAGUUUUACAGCCCAGUCGGAGUCUUGCUUAAUGACUCACGGGUGUUUGGGGAUAGCUGGCGAGAUGGGUCCCUCUCAGCCUACUGCGUGGAGUCCGCAGGCAUCUGGCAAACGGGAUAUUAUCAGAAUACCAGCCAAUUCACACAGAACUGCAGCAUCAUGGCCUCAGCACGUGGACCAUUUGCUCAGUGUCACAGCAGCCUGGACCCUAGGCAAUGGGUAGCAGAUUGCACCCAUUCACUGGAACAGACCGGGGGAGCCAGAGAGUCCUUGUGCGAAGUGCUGAGAGGCUACUCUGUACUCUGCCAGCAAAAUGGUAUUAGAGUGGGAGAAUGGAGAAAUAUCACAAAGUGUGAGUUCCCCUGCCCAGUCAACAGCCACUAUGAGUUGUGUGGCACUUCCUGCCCUGCUGCGUGCCCUAGUCUAUCAUUCCCCUUCCUGUGUACCCAGCACUGCCAGGAAGGAUGUCAGUGUAACGAUGGGCUCUUGCUAAGUGGAGAACGCUGUGUGCCCCCCACGGGCUGUGGCUGUCUCCAUGAAGGGCGCUACAGGCAGGGUGGAGAGCGUUUCUGGUAUGGCGAGCAGUGCCAGUCUUUGUGUGACUGUGACGGGACCACAGGUUUAGUUCACUGUGUCCCAUCAUCUUGCAGCGGUCAGGAAACCUGCAGUAUUGUUGGGGGAGAAUUCGGCUGCCAUCCUCAACCCCGUGCCACGUGCUCUGCUUCAGGGGACCCCCACUACAUCUCUUUCGAUGGCCGCACAUUUGACUUCCAGGGCACAUGCCAAUACAUACUGGCAACUGUAUGCAAUAAUACUCGACGACUACCGUACUUCCAGGUUUCAGCAAGGAAUGAAGCAUGGAAUGGACUCCCAGUUUCAAUCACUGCUGAAGUUUACGUCAAUGUCUCAGGACAUCUGUUGCACAUCUCACGCGACAUGCAUGGCACUAUUGAGAUUGAUAACGAGACCAGGCACCUUCCUGUCCUGCUUGAUUCUGGCCGAGUGUCCAUUUACUCCAGUGAACAGAACACUUUCAUUUCAACUGACUUUGGCCUUAGUGUGAGUUAUGAUGGCUCAUGGGUGGUGCGCAUCACUGUGCCAGCAAAUUACAGUGGAGUCACAUGUGGUCUUUGCGGUAACUACAAUGGCCAGACACGUGACGAUUUCCUCACGCGUUCAGGUGCACUGGGCACUUCAGCUUCCCAGUUUGGAGCCAGCUGGAAAGUGCAGAAUGACACACUGUGCAGUGAUGGGUGUGGAGACUCCUGUCCAUCAUGUCCAGACCAAACUAGGGCACGGACUCAAUGUGAGAUCCUCAGAGACAGGCAGGGUCCCUUCGGCUUCUGCCAUGCCUAUGUGGGUCCUGAGGCCUACUUCAACAACUGUGCAUUUGAUGUUUGCCUCUCUGGGUACAGUAACGAUGUUCUGUGCCGUUCCAUCCAAACCUAUGUCAGUGCCUGCCAGUCUGCCAAAGCAACUAUCUACCCCUGGAGACAGAACACGACCUGCCGCGUGGAGUGUCCCGUGAACAGCCACUACGAGCUGUGUGGUACAGACUGUGGGCACACCUGUGCCAGCAGCGUUGAUGCUGUAUGUGAGAGGUCAUGUUCAGAGGGCUGUUUCUGUAAUGAAGGCUUCGUGAGGAGUGGAGGUCUCUGUGUACCAGUGGAACAGUGUGGCUGCUUGUACAAUGGACUCUACUUUCAUAUUGGCAAUCAGUUCUGGACUCCAGGAUGUUUUCAACAUUGUGAGUGCUUUGCUCCUAAUGACCUGCGCUGCCUCUCCACCUCCUGCUCUCCCACUGAGGAGUGUGCAGUCAGGAAUGGCCAGCGUGGCUGCUACAGCCAAAUGUCCUCCUGCAUGGUGUGGGGGGACCCCCAUUACCUCACCUUUGAUGGAGCUCUGGCCACCUUUCAGGGUACUUGUUCAUAUGAGAUUUCUCAGACCUGUGGGUAUGUGGAUAAUAAUGAGCUGGGAUUCCGUGUGGUGGCCACCAACAUACACCGUGGGAACAUGGCCGUGUCCUUUGUGUCUGCAGUGGAUGUGUGGCUAAGUCAAGGAGCUCAGCACACACAGAUUUCCAUUGGACAAAAUGGGAGAGUGAAGGUUGAUGGGAAUAUUGUGAAUUCAUCUGCUUUUCAAAUCAGUUAUCUGGCAGAAGUUCAUCAGGAGCUAAAUUUUGUGGUUGUGAAUGCAUCAAGUAAGCUCCUGGUGUACUUUGAUGGUCGUUCUACACUUUCAGUGAGACUGGGCCCAAGAUUCCGUGGAUCUGUUUGUGGAGUGUGUGGAAACAAUAAUGGAGACCCAACAGAUGACAAGACUUUGCCCAGCAGAGCUCUGGCACCCAAUGACACUGCUUUCGGAAACAGCUGGAAAUCAAACACCAGCAGCCCAGGGUGUGGUGCUACUGACCAGACAGCAGAUCCUAAUACUUGUCCCUUUAGACUGAGGUACUCUGACCUCUGCAGCAUCAUCACUAACACCAGUGGACCCUUCCACCUCUGCCAUGGCCAUUUCAACCCUGCCCCUUACUUCACUUCCUGUGUGUAUGACCUUUGUGCCUACCCAUCAACCAGUGACAUGCUGUGUUCAGCUGUGGAGGCCUAUCAGGCUGCUUGUGUCAUGAUGCAGCUCCAGAUCUCAGACUGGCGUGCUGACCUGUCUUGCCGGCCUUUCUAUCCAUUUGGAGUUGGAGACAUAAUGAGUGAUGGACGCUCACCGGCUGUCUCUUUGGUGCAGCCGUUUUUAUUCUUUGGAAAAACAUACAGCCAAACAUAUAUCAAUGAGAACGGAUACUUAACCUUUGAUAAUGUGUGGGACAGCUGUGUUUCUUACCCUUUCCCUCGUCAUGGGGUGCCUGACAUCAUUGCUCCAUUCUGGACAUGCAUUUUUCGAGGAAGAGGAGUCAUCUCAUAUCGGCAGUACACUUCUGGCAGUGUUCUUACUCAAGCUACCCAAGAUAUUUACCAAUACUUUGCUCAGCUGAGAUUCAGAGCAACGUGGGUUUUUGUUACAACGUGGGCCAGAGUAGCUUACUAUCCCAACUCAGGAACAGAACCAUCUUUCCAAGUAGUUUUGAUUUCAGAUGGCCAUCUCUCCUUUAUACUGAUGAACUAUGGUCAGAUUGCUCCAACAAGUAUGUUGGUACAGGCUGGUUAUGGUACCGAUGACGGGAGUUACAAUUUCUCUAUUCCUGGGUCAUUUCAAUACAACUACACAAGCUUCACAAACAGCAGCAACGUGAACGUGACAGGCAGAUGGGCCUUCCGUGUAGACCAGGGAUCACAAACAUGUCUGUUUAAUGGUGGUACUGUGCCACAGAGAAGCUCUUUUUGGACAGAUGCCUCUUGCCAGCAGAGAUGCACCUGUAGCAGCAGGGGUCUCCAGUGCAGUUCACAGCCCUGCACCUUCUCUCAAGCCUGCCGUCCUGCUGCUUUCCAGUACAGCUGCCAAAACAUUCAGCGCCAGACCUGUACCAUCUCUGGGGACCCCCACUACUACACCUUUGACAAUCAAAUCUUUCAUUUUCAAGGGACCUGCACCUACGUCCUGUCUGAGGUUUGUGGCAGGGGAUUACCAUAUUAUCGCAUUGAAGGCAAGAAUGAGAAUCGUGGUAGUACAAGUGUGGCAUGGACACGCCUGGUCAGAGUAUUUGUCUAUAACGAAGAACUGGAACUAGUGAAAGAUCAUCAAUAUCAGGCCAAGGUAAAUGGAAGCUUUGCAGCAGCACCUUUCAGCCUCCACAAUGGCUCCAUUCAAGUUUAUCAGUCUGGUUUCUCUGUGGCCAUCAGUACUGAUUUUGGAUUGGUUGUUACAUAUGAUUCAAAUCACUAUGUGACCAUCAGUGUACCUUACGACUACCAGAAUGCCACUUGUGGCCUGUGUGGCAACUUCAAUCACCAUCCAGAAGAUGACUUCCGCACACCAUCUGGACAGAUCUUGAGUUCAGAUCUGGACUUUGCAAACUCCUGGAAAGUACCAGGAGACAUAUAUCCUGUCUGUCAGAACACUCGGUGUUCAGGUUUGGCUUGUUCAUCUUGUACCACAGCUCAGACCAGUCUUUACAGGAGUGGAGCCUUCUGUGGAAUCCUAGCAAAUUCCAGUGGCCCUUUUUCCACUUGCCAAUCAAGGCUGGCACCCCAGAUAUUUACAGAGAACUGUGUUUAUGAUCUUUGUGUGGGAGGAGGAUACCAGCCAAUCCUGUGCCAGGCACUCAACGUGUAUGCUGCUCAGUGCCAGCAGCAGGGCAUUCAGCUGGGCCAGUGGAGGAGACCAGGAUUCUGUGAAAUCCCAUGUCCUGCCCACAGUCACUUUGAAACCCAGGGAACAAGCUGCCCUGCGACCUGCAGUAACCCUUCUGCACCUUCAAGCUGCCCCUUGCCAAACCAGGAGAGCUGUAUCUGUGAUGCAGGGUAUGUCCUGAGUGCUGGAGAAUGUGUUCCUGAAGCUAACUGUGGCUGCACUUUUGAAGGACUCUACUAUGCUGAAGGCCAGUCUGUGGUACUGGGUGCAGAUUGUGGAAGACAGUGCGUUUGCAGCAAUAGAGCAAUGAGCUGCCAGAAUCACCAGUGUGGUCGACAGGAGACGUGCGGAUUGUAUAACGGAGUAAGAGGUUGCAGACCCACCAGUUAUUCCACCUGCUUGGUGGAAGGACUAGGCACAUAUCACACCUUUGAUGGAGUGAUGUUCAGUUAUCCAGGAGCUUGUGGACUCACCCUGACUAGGGUAAUGGGGCCAUCCCAGCUACCAAACUUUGAAGUGACAGUGCAGAAAGUGCCCAGAGGUCCACAGGACUUUAUUAGGGUGCUGAGGUUUGACGCAGAGGGAACUCAGGUCUCUAUUGAGAUGGCAGAUGGAGGAAAAGCACAGGUGAGUGGACAAGUGGUUUCUCUUCCCUUCGCACUUGCCAGUGGUCGAAUCCUUAUCUACCACAGCAGUGUGAAAGGUAUCAUUAUGGAGACAACCUUUGGUGUAAUUGUGCGAGCAGACUGGCCACACCUAAUCAGAAUCACUGCACCCAGCACUUACAAUGGCUCACUUGGUGGUCUGUGUGGGAAUUUGAAUGGCAACCAGGCAGACGAGUUUUACAGCCCAGUCGGAGUCUUGCUUAAUGACUCACGGGUGUUUGGGGAUAGCUGGCGAGAUGGGUCCCUCUCAGCCUACUGCGUGGAGUCCGCAGGCAUCUGGCAAACGGGAUAUUAUCAGAAUACCAGCCAAUUCACACAGAACUGCAGCAUCAUGGCCUCAGCACGUGGACCAUUUGCUCAGUGUCACAGCAGCCUGGACCCUAGGCAAUGGGUAGCAGAUUGCACCCAUUCACUGGAACAGACCGGGGGAGCCAGAGAGUCCUUGUGCGAAGUGCUGAGAGGCUACUCUGUACUCUGCCAGCAAAAUGGUAUUAGAGUGGGAGAAUGGAGAAAUAUCACAAAGUGUGAGUUCCCCUGCCCAGUCAACAGCCACUAUGAGUUGUGUGGCACUUCCUGCCCUGCUGCGUGCCCUAGUCUAUCAUUCCCCUUCCUGUGUACCCAGCACUGCCAGGAAGGAUGUCAGUGUAACGAUGGGCUCUUGCUAAGUGGAGAACGCUGUGUGCCCCCCACGGGCUGUGGCUGUCUCCAUGAAGGGCGCUACAGGCAGGGUGGAGAGCGUUUCUGGUAUGGCGAGCAGUGCCAGUCUUUGUGUGACUGUGACGGGACCACAGGUUUAGUUCACUGUGUCCCAUCAUCUUGCAGCGGUCAGGAAACCUGCAGUAUUGUUGGGGGAGAAUUCGGCUGCCAUCCUCAACCCCGUGCCACGUGCUCUGCUUCAGGGGACCCCCACUACAUCUCUUUCGAUGGCCGCACAUUUGACUUCCAGGGCACAUGCCAAUACAUACUGGCAACUGUAUGCAAUAAUACUCGACGACUACCGUACUUCCAGGUUUCAGCAAGGAAUGAAGCAUGGAAUGGACUCCCAGUUUCAAUCACUGCUGAAGUUUACGUCAAUGUCUCAGGACAUCUGUUGCACAUCUCACGCGACAUGCAUGGCACUAUUGAGAUUGAUAACGAGACCAGGCACCUUCCUGUCCUGCUUGAUUCUGGCCGAGUGUCCAUUUACUCCAGUGAACAGAACACUUUCAUUUCAACUGACUUUGGCCUUAGUGUGAGUUAUGAUGGCUCAUGGGUGGUGCGCAUCACUGUGCCAGCAAAUUACAGUGGAGUCACAUGUGGUCUUUGCGGUAACUACAAUGGCCAGACACGUGACGAUUUCCUCACGCGUUCAGGUGCACUGGGCACUUCAGCUUCCCAGUUUGGAGCCAGCUGGAAAGUGCAGAAUGACACACUGUGCAGUGAUGGGUGUGGAGACUCCUGUCCAUCAUGUCCAGACCAAACUAGGGCACGGACUCAAUGUGAGAUCCUCAGAGACAGGCAGGGUCCCUUCGGCUUCUGCCAUGCCUAUGUGGGUCCUGAGGCCUACUUCAACAACUGUGCAUUUGAUGUUUGCCUCUCUGGGUACAGUAACGAUGUUCUGUGCCGUUCCAUCCAAACCUAUGUCAGUGCCUGCCAGUCUGCCAAAGCAACUAUCUACCCCUGGAGACAGAACACGACCUGCCGCGUGGAGUGUCCCAUGAACAGCCACUACGAGCUGUGUGGUAGAGACUGUGGGCAAACCUGUGCCAGCAGCGUUGAUGCUGUAUGUGAGAGGACAUGUUCAGAGGGCUGUUUCUGUAAUGAAGGCUUCGUGAGGAGUGGAGGUCUCUGUGUACCAGUGGAACAGUGUGGCUGCUUGUACAAUGGACUCUACUUUCAUAUUGGCAAUCAGUUCUGGACUCCAGGAUGUUUUCAACAUUGUGAGUGCUUUGCUCCUAAUGACCUGCGCUGCCUCUCCACCUCCUGCUCUCCCACUGAGGAGUGUGCAGUCAGGAAUGGCCAGCGUGGCUGCUACAGCCAAAUGUCCUCCUGCAUGGUGUGGGGGGACCCCCAUUACCUCACCUUUGAUGGAGCUCUGGCCACCUUUCAGGGUACUUGUUCAUAUGAGAUUUCUCAGACCUGUGGGUAUGUGGAUAAUAAUGAGCUGGGAUUCCGUGUGGUGGCCACCAACAUACACCGUGGGAACAUGGCCGUGUCCUUUGUGUCUGCAGUGGAUGUGUGGCUAAGUCAAGGAGCUCAGCACACACAGAUUUCCAUUGGACAAAAUGGGAGAGUGAAGGUUGAUGGGAAUAUUGUGAAUUCAUCUGCUUUUCAAAUCAGUUAUCUGGCAGAAGUUCAUCAGGAGCUAAAUUUUGUGGUUGUGAAUGCAUCAAGUAAGCUCCUGGUGUACUUUGAUGGUCGUUCUACACUUUCAGUGAGACUGGGCCCAAGAUUCCGUGGAUCUGUUUGUGGAGUGUGUGGAAACAAUAAUGGAGACCCAACAGAUGACAAGACUUUGCCCAGCGGAGCUCUGGCACCCAAUGACACUGCUUUCGGAAACAGCUGGAAAUCAAACACCAGCAGCCCAGGGUGUGGUGCUACUGACCAGACAGCAGAUCCUAAUACUUGUCCCUUUAGACUGAGGUACUCUGACCUCUGCAGCAUCAUCACUAACACCAGUGGACCCUUCCACCUCUGCCAUGGCCAUGUCAACCCUGCCCCUUACUUCACUUCCUGUGUGUAUGACCUUUGUGCCUACCCAUCAACCAGUGACAUGCUGUGUUCAGCUGUGGAGGCCUAUCAGGCUGCUUGUGUCAUGAUGCAGCUCCAGAUCUCAGACUGGCGCUCUGAACUGUCUUGCUUGUGGGUGGACCCCUGUGAGGAGCUGAGCUGCACUGAAGAUGAGUGGUGUGGGGAGACAGAUGGUGUCUAUGGCUGCUUCUGUAAUCAGGAUGAAUCUAGACUACACCCCGAGUCUUAUGAUGCUAUUGAAGUGUGUGAGGGCAGCUCUGGCACCAUAUCUCUGUCCCGCUGUCAACUCUUUGAAGCUGGUGUUCCUGGUAACAGCUUGCACCUGAAUGACCCCAGCUGCAGAGGAACAGUCCAGAAUGGCAGACUGGUGUUCCAUGUUGAUAAUGAUAAACACAUCUGUGGCACAAACCUCAUGGCCAAUGGCACCCACUUCAUCUACGAGAACACUGUCCAGGGCAACGUUAACCCAUCAAGAAACCCCAUUAACAGAAGGAAAAUUCUGGAAUUGCACUUCUCCUGCAUCUACCAGCUCACUCAAUUAAUCACCAUGGCAACAGAACUCAACCCUCUGCAGAGCAUAGUACACAAGACCCUUCAAGGUGGUGUGGGGAUGUACCAGGUCAGAAUGAUUCCCUAUCAGGAUCCUGGUUUCUCCCACCCUUACAAUGGCAGAGCAGACGUAGAAGUCGACCAGAGGAUCUAUGUGGCAGUGAUUGUCCAGGGGGUGGACAGCCAUCAGAUUGCUACAGUGAUUGAUUCAUGUUGGGCCACCCCUGAGAAUUACCACAACUAUACUGACCGCUGGGACCUUAUUAUUAACCAGUGUCCAGAAGAUAAAACAGUGCGAGUCCUUCAGAACGGUGUCUCCACAACAGCCCAGUUCUCCUUCAAGAUGUUCGCCUUUGACAAAUACCCUUUUGACAAGGUCUUCCUUCACUGCUCCAUUCACCUUUGCCUUCUGCAGAACAACAACUGUGCAAUGCAUUGUUACAAUGGACACCACCACAAAGCAGUCAGGUCUGUGGACAUCCAUGACACCUCCAUUUCUGUGGGGCCUUUUAUCUGGACCUCCAGAAGCACAAGAUGA